CUCUCACACACACACACACACAGUGGGAUUCCCCUAGGGAUAUGGAUUCUUCAUUGUCAGGCCAGGCCUUCCCCGUACGCCAUAAGAAUCUCUCAGUCGAUAUAAAGGGACAUAAAACUGAUAUUAUCUUAUGCAGCUAUGAUGAUCACUUUCUUGUUAUUGCAACUCAAAUUGGAAGUAUGGGAACCAUACUUCAUGCCAGGAAGGAGGAAGGGGUUUCAAUUCAUCCAACUUUCAAUGUGUCUGUGGUGUUUGGUAAACGAGAUGAGCCAAUGCUCGUGGCAUGUGCUCGUCAGCUAAUUGAACAUAUGAGUAACUCUGGCUCUUCAAGACCACUGGUGCUCGCUCUUGGUCUCAGAGACCACUCUGUGGUACAAUCCCAAUAACUUGUUUUUGAUGCUGUUUAACGUAAACUGAUCAUCCAUUUAUAACACUAUUAUUUCAUGCA